CCUAAAAGAACUGCUGACUUGAAGACUUUACUGACUACACUAGAUGAAUCUGACCAGUCAUCUGAAGAUGAAUACCAAUAUGAAAGUGACACUGAUUGUACUUCAUCUGAUGAUGUUGAUGAGCUUGAUGCCAGUUAUCUGGAUGACAUAACAUUGUCCCCAAGCACUCACCAUGCUUCAUCACAUGACAUUGUCGAUGUCACAACCUCACCUGUCGGAAGUGAGGAAGUUUUGGAUGAUCAGUUGACUGUAGAGGACAUGAUUAUCCCAAUGGUACAGUUUGGAAUUAGUGACAAAGAUCCAGGUGGACAGAUGCCUACCUCAAGUCCAUCUUCUAGAGCUAUUCCUGUUAUACGUGUCUCAGUGCAGCCAAUAGCAAUAACACCUAUCACUAUCUUUGAAAAUGAUCUUGAGAAUAGGCUGAAGUUACCCAGGGUUGUGUGUGACGAAGAUUGCAUAUUGCAGUUGCUUGGAAAAACGUGCAGAUAUCCCUUCUGUUGGGAAGAGAUAUCGGUGCAGAAGAAGCAUAUUGGCAGCACAUUGACAUUGCAAUGGCACUGCAAGAAGUUCCACCAAGGCUCAUGGAGUUCUGCACAAUGCAAAUCUCAAAAUGGAUACCCAUUCUUCAUAAAUAAUCUUUUGUUUGCUGCUUCAGUUUUUCUGUCUGGAAACAGCUUCUCAAAAAUUAGUCUCUUGUGUCAGUUCUUUAGAUUGAAUUCUAUAUCACAGUCAACUUUCGAUCGCAUUCAAAAUGCAAUCCUCGCCGAUAUUGGAGAUCGACCAGUUGUUCUUGCUGGUGAUGGGCACUGUGACUCACCAGGGUUCAGUGCAAAAUAUUGUGUGUACUCUCUUAUGGAUAUUGCCACACGAAAAGUUGUAGACGUUCAAUUUGUUGGCAAGAGAGAGACUGAACUGAAAUCACCUAGGAUGGAGAAACUUGGACUGCAGAGAGCUUUGACAUCUAUACAAAAGAAGAUCAAAGUCAUAGAAUUAGUCACAGAUGCAUCUAUUUCUAUUUCUGCAAUGCUGAGUAAGGACAUAACAUGA